AUGUCUCUUUGCCGUAGCACCGAGGAGGGCAGCGUGCUGCAGUCGUCUUCGACAUUUGCGGACGACUCCAGAAAACGAAGCAGAUCAGAGCACGACAGCGUAGCCUUCGAUGAUGGCGACAACAGCGACGGCGGCUACGGCAACUCCAUCAACCCGCUCUUUCUCGUGUCUGGACCUCGCGGAGGGGCCAUCAGCGCGCACAGCGCCGACGCCGAGCUCGAGGCCCUCGCUGACCUGGUGGACGACGGCGUCUACCACGUUCUGAGGGAAGCCUGGGAGGAGGUGGCCGUUCCGGCGGACACUUAUUGGAGCUGCCCAACGCACCUCUACGCGGGUGACGCGACGGCUGCGCUGCUGCGCCGCCAUGCCGCUGCCACGCCGCCAAAGUCCCUCCCGCUCCGCAUCCCGCAUCCGCGGCAGCUCCUUUCCUCGUUUUAUCCGGCCAGGGUGGAGGCACUGACCGCGCGUGGCUAUCAGCCGCACCGCGGACUUGUCCCCGUAGCGCUGGACCGCAAGGGUGGUAAAGGGAGCAAAAUGUUCAACGUGCUCGCCCGGUGGGAAGUGGAAGCAAACACCACGUCGUCUGCGAGAGGGGAGGAGGGGGAGGGGAAGCCGGCGCGUCCUCCGCACCGCACCAGUGCCAUUGCGAAGUUUGUGGAUGCCAUUCCGCGACCAACGGACCGCAGCAUCUACGUCCUCGUUGACGAGGAGUGUCCGGUGGAUCCGUACUUCGACGUGGACCUCGCGUUCAACGCUGCUGUCGACGAUAGCAACAGGCUGUCGGUGCUUCGUCAAGACAGCGACACCCGUGGCCUUGCUACUCUGGACGCCGCAGCGGUGGAGAAGGCCUUGCUAACCAUUCUCAGCACUCUGCGAAGUGAGGUUGAAAUUGCGUGGAGCACCCAAGUCGAGGAGUGCCUCGUGUUGACCAGUAGUGUGCAGUUCAGUCACCAGCCGAGCACAGCCGCGGCGUCGAGCUUGUCUGAACUGGAGGAGGUUAAGCUAAGCUUCCACGUCCACUUUCGCCUGACCGAUAGAGCUGCGGUCGAGUCGGUGAGGGAGUUGCACGCGUUUGCGGUGGCGCUGCGCGCGAAGCUGCAACGCACGCAGUUGGAUGGCGCCAAAGAGAAGGAUGAGAACGCAAAGCGGGCGGCGCUUCUGUUAGAGUGCGUGGACUUCGGCGUCUACACACGUUGGCGCGCCUUCCGUCUCCCGUACAACGUCAAAGCGCCGGACAGCCACGGCGCCGGCAAGCCCUUGGCGGAAGGCGCCGGAGAUGAACUGCUAGCCGAGCAGCUCGGCCAGCUUGGCAUCUCGCUGCCAGACGUACACGUCGGCAGUGCGGCACCGGCCGUUAUUCACAGCGUCGUGUACGCGACGGACAUAGAGACGCAGAAGCAGCAGCGGUACCUGGUAGGGAAGCUGAUGCUGUACUGCCGUUAUCUUCUCCCUCUCCUUCCCGGCCUCACACGCUUUGCGACAGCAGAACUGAAGGAUUUUUUGGCCGCUCUGAUACCAAAAGAAGCUGACGCAGCGUUGACGGUGCAGAGUGGAGGUGCAUCGUCGUCAUCCGCAUCAGCGGUGUCACUACGAUCCUCGAAGGAUGUGAUCAGCGCGUGGGUGUUGGACAUGGCGUGCAUUAUCCGCGAUGCCUCCGAGUUAGCAACUGAACCACAAUCGAAAGCGACCACCACAGAAGGGGAAGAGGAGGAGAAAGAGAAGGCAACGGCGAGCGGGUUUAGGCUUUUGCGGUAUCAGCCCACCGCAACGGAUCCUGCGGCGCUCGCGAAGACCACUGCAAGCCCCUUUGACAUUCCGAUGCCGCCCAUGCCACGCAGUGUACGUGUGCGGGUGGAUGACAAGAACGUCAAGAAGCUGUUGGCGGAGGUUUUCUGGUGCGUCGCUCCCGAGUACAAGCAAGCGUCCAAGUCUGCUGGUACAAAUUUAGAGGCGCAACUCGUUCCGAGUGCCGCCAUCACGCCCGAGCGCAUCAACGCUCAAUACGAAGAGGCCAUUCGCGCUUACUACGUCUUCCAAAAGCAAAGUAAGUUCUGUAUGCGGCUGCAACGCAUCCACAAGGCCACCUACGUGCAGCUGUACUUGACCUUUGGCUCGAUUAAGAUUCGCUGCUACUCCAACGACUGCUGUGAUCGUUGUUGCGUCAUCCCAUGGGAGGCCCCAGAGAACCCGAAGUCGGUCCCGCAACACCACAAGGGAUACCCGAAGUUCGAUCGUCUGGCGGAGAUACACCGGUCGCUUUUCCCUCCGUUGCCUGCAGGAGAGCUCGUUCGGCGUUACGGCACUGCUGUCCUACACCAACAGCAACAGUAG